UCGCCACCGCACGCUUCUCCUUGUCUCUCCUCUCCCCCCUCCUCUUUUUUCCCUAUUAACGUACAAUAUAAGCCCCGUUCCCUUCAUGUAAACGUCUCUUAAUGUCCUAAAGACGUCCAGAAGUGUGCCGGACCUAAAUUUUUUGUGAGAUAGCUGGUGAAAACAUACCAAACUCGCCACCCGUUCCAAGGGUGGGAGGGCGAGCUCAAGCUAGCACGUACGUCUCCGGCGCCCUCUCGCCGCCUAGGUGCCGGGGGCGCUCCUUCACGUGAGUUUUUACUCCAGUCUCUAGUACUCUGCCAGCAUGUCGCUGAUGCUUUACAGGUCAGUAGUCAUUGUUUUACUGUUUUUUAAUGUAAUCCAUGCCACGACUGUUGGUUCCGGCCCAGGUAAAGUAUGCAGGACGAAGCCGCCAUGUUUGAUGUUUCCCGGCUCUAGCGCCCAAACACCGAUAUUCUCGUCAUGGUAUCCCGUUCUCAAGCUUAAAUACCAACGAAACAGUUUCCUGGCUGAGCCUCAAUUUUGCUCCCACUGGUCUCCUAAUGAGACACGCCAAGUAUUUGCGAACAACAGAUAGGCUAUGCCUGCUCUACAUUUGCUCCGUUCUUAUGGCACAGGCCGAGGACCUGGAAACAAAUCCAGGCCCUCGUGCUCCAAAGUACCCCUGUGGUUCAUGUGGUAAAGCUGUAACCUUUAAGCACAAAGCAGUAUGUUGUGAUAAAUGUGACUUCUGGUUCCACCAUGACUGUCAAGGCCUUAGCUCCUUUAUGUACUCCUAUUUAGGAAAUUCAAACGUAUCUUGGAUUUGCUUAAACUGUGGCCUGCCAAACUUCUCCACAACUUUCUUCUCGAAUUCCGAUGACUUGUCUUCUCCUAAUCCAUUUAGCCCACUUAGUGAUGCCAGCCCUGGAGUCCCCUUGGCUGCAUCAUCCCCAAAAUCUCCAGUACAAAACAAACGCAAGCUUAAUGGUAGACCCCUGCGUCUCAUAAAUGCAAAUUUCCAAUCGCUUAAAAACAAGAAAGUAGAGCUAGAAACCCUUGUAGAGGAAACAAAACCCGACAUUCUUGUCAUUACAGAAACAUGGUUAGAUAGCACCUGCAACAUAACUGAAUACUUCCCAAAUCACCUCAACAUGCAAGUGUUUUAUAGGAAUAGACCAGAAGAUAGCCACGGUGGUGUUCUGAUAGCAGUCUCUAACGAGUUUAUAUGUACACAAGAACCAGACCUCGAGACCGACUGCGAGAUGGUAUGGGUUAAGAUCGAACUUGUAGGAUCCAAGAGCCUAAACAUAUGUGCCUAUUACAGACCGCAAGUAGGUGACAGCGUUAGUCUUGACCUCCUAGAGCAAUCUAUGGAACGAAUAUGCAACAAACGAAAUAACCAUGUAUGGAUUGUCGGUGACUUUAAUUUUCCAGGCUGGGAUUGGGUAGACCCCCACCAACCGGUACUCAAGCCAGAUAGUCCCUACCCAGGUUUGCAUCGCCGGUUUCUGGAACUACUCAGUGACCACAAUAUGUCCCAAGUUGUUGACAAGCCCACCAGAUGAGUAUUAAGGAAGAAGACGACUGUAAAAGACUGCAGCAUGACAUCGAUAGUAUUUGUAGUUGGGAGAAGGAGUGGUUGAUGGCCUUCAACCCAUCUAAAUGUGAAGUGAUGACCGUCCCCUCUUCUAGGAACCCAAUAUCGUUUCCCUAUUCUCUCCAUGACCACGUUUUAACCAAGGUAAGUACCACCAAAUAUCUUGGUGUCUCCAUCUCCUCAAACUUGACCUGGGGCAGACAUGUCGAUUUAGUUACAGCGAAAGCAAACAGAACCUUAGGAAUGUUAAGACGCUGCCUGCGAAUCUCAAGCAAUGCGGCAAAGGAGAGAGCUUACAUGGCUCUUGUAAGACCCUCCUUAGAGUACGGCUGUAGUGUCUGGGAUCCCCACACCAAGGACCAGGUGAGUAGGGUGGAGAUGGUCCAGCGUAGAGCUGCC